CCGAGCUCUGUGUGUGUCUGUGUGUGUGUCUGUGUGUGUCUGUGCGUGUCUGUGCGGGGCAGAGCUCCGGGCUGGGCAGCCCGGGCGACGGCAAGGCAACAUGUCGGUGGCCGGUCUGAAGAAACAGUUCUACAAGGCGAGCCAGCUGGUUAGUGAGAAGGUUGGCGGCGCCGAGGGCACCAAGCUGGACGAUGACUUCAAAGAGAUGGAAAAGAAGGUGGACGUUACCAGCAAGGCCGUGACGGAAGUGCUGGCCAGAACCAUCGAGUACCUGCAGCCCAACCCAGCCUCGCGGGCCAAGCUGACCAUGCUCAACACGGUGUCCAAGAUCCGAGGCCAGGUGAAGAACCCCGGCUACCCGCAGCCCGAGGGCCUCCUGGGCGAGUGCAUGAUCCGCCACGGCAAGGAGCUGGGCGGAGAGUCCAACUUCGGUGAUGCCCUGCUGGACGCGGGCGAGUCCAUGAGGCGCCUGGCAGAGGUGAAGGACUCGCUGGACAUCGAGGUCAAGCAGAACUUCAUCGACCCGCUGCAGAACCUCUGUGACAAGGACCUGAAGGAGAUCCAGCACCACCUGAAGAAACUGGAGGGCCGCCGCCUGGACUUCGACUACAAGAAGAAGCGGCAGGGUAAGAUCGCCGACGAGGAGCUACGCCAGGCGCUGGAGAAGUUCGAGGAGUCCAAGGAGGUGGCCGAGACAAGCAUGCACAACCUGCUGGAGACGGACGUGGAGCAGGUGAGCCAGCUCUCGGCCCUGGUGGACGCACAGCUGGACUACCAUCGGCAGGCUGUGCAGAUCCUGGACGAGCUGGCCGACAAGCUCAAGCGCAGGAUGCGUGAGGCGUCUUCACGCCCGAAGCGGGAAUACAAACCCAAGCCACGAGAGCCCUUCGACCUCGGGGAGCCUGAGCAGUCCAACGGAGGCUUCCCCUGCGCCACGGCCCCCAAGAUGACAGCCUCGUCAUCCUUCCGCUCCUCAGACAACAAGCCCGUGCGGACCCCCAGCAGCAGGAGCAUGCCGCCCCUGGACCAGCCGAGCUGCAAGGCCCUGUAUGACUUCGAGCCCGAGAACGACGGCGAGCUGGGCUUCCGUGAGGGCGACCUCAUCACGCUCACCAACCAGAUCGACGAGAACUGGUAUGAGGGCAUGCUGCACGGCCAGUCGGGCUUCUUCCCCCUCAGCUACGUGGAGGUGCUGGUGCCGCUGCCCCAGUGAGCGCCCGCGCCGAGCUGCC